AUGGAAAGCGGAGUUAUAAAACCGGACAAAACAGAAUUCACGGAAUGCUGGCGUACGAGCUGGGCAAAGCCUUAUAUUAUGCGCCUCGCGUUAUCAGCCGGCAUUGGAGGUUUACUGUUCGGUUAUGAUACAGGUGUUAUUUCUGGUGCCCUGCUCUACAUUAGAGAUGAGUAUAAAACUGUCGACAGGCAUACUUGGUUGCAGGCAACCCAACCGUUUUUCACACAGGAAACGAUCGUGAGCAUGGCUGUGGCGGGGGCCAUUGUUGGGGCUGGUUUUGGAGGCUUGAUAAACGAUAGGUACGGCCGGCGAAAGUCUAUUCUGUUGGCCGACGUUUUGUUUUUCGCAGGUGCUAUUGUCAUGGCGGCCUCUGUGGGCCCUUGGAUGAUAAUCCUCGGUAGAAUAUUCGUGGGCUUAGGGGUUGGGAUGGCCUCCAUGACGGCGCCCCUUUACAUCUCGGAGGCAUCUCCUGCCAGAAUUCGGGGAGCUUUGGUCAGCACUAAUGGCUUGCUUAUUACGGGUGGACAGUUUCUGUCAUAUCUCAUCAAUUUAGCAUUCACUAAGGCACCCGGCACUUGGCGUUGGAUGCUCGGGGUUGCGGGAGUACCAGCUCUGGUUCAGUUUUUCUUGAUGUUGUUUCUUCCCGAGUCGCCUAGGUGGCUUUAUCGCAAGAACAAAGUAAAAGAAGCGCGUGCCAUACUCGAGAAAAUCUACCCUCCCCAUGAAGUCGAAGAGGAACUCAAUGCACUACAGUCCUCAGUCGAGGCUGAGAAGGCCGACCAGGAAUCCCUCGGGCACGGCCCCCUCUCGAAAAUGAAAAACAUCUGGAAAAACGACGUUGUCCGCAGGGGGCUGUACGCGGGCAUCACGGUUCAAGUCGCCCAGCAAUUUGUCGGGAUAAACACGGUCAUGUACUACAGCCCAACCAUCGUCCAGCUGGCGGGGUUCGCCUCGAACAGGACUGCCCUGGCCCUGUCCCUCGUCACCUCCGGCCUCAACGCCGUGGGGUCUAUCGUGAGCAUGGCAUUUGUUGACAGGUCCGGAAGGAGACGCCUCAUGAUUGUGUCCAUGUUUGGUAUCAUAGCUUGUCUAAUUGCCCUGUCGGUCGUUUUUUACGAGGCGGCCGAUCACGCUCCACCUGUCGGGAGCCUCGAGUCCUUGCAUUUUGGAGGGAACGCCACCUGUCACGGCUACGUGCGGGCCCAACGGCCAGCUGGCUGGAACUGCAUGACGUGCGUGAGGUCAUCGUCCGAUUGUGCGUUCUGCGCCAGUGGAGGUAGCAAGUACCAUCCUGGGGCGUGUCUGGCUGCAACUGAUGAGAUAAAGGCCAUGUGCCGUGGGGAAAAGCGGACGUGGUACACUCAGGGUUGCCCGAGCAAGUUUGGUUUUUUUGCAGUGCUACUGUUGGGAAUGUACAUCAUAUCCUACUCGCCGGGCAUGGGGACAGUGCCGUGGAUCGUGAACUCGGAGAUUUAUCCGCUGAGGUACAGAGGGAUUGGGGGUGGGAUAGCUGCUGUGUCCAACUGGGUUUCGAACCUCAUCGUGAGCGAGACCUUCUUGACACUCACGGAGGCACUUGGUUCGGCCGGCACGUUUCUCUUGUUUGCUGGGUUCUCGGCUAUUGGGCUCGUGGCGAUUUACUUUUUGGUGCCCGAGACGAAGGGGAUGCCGUUUGAGGAAGUGGAGAAGAUGCUCGACAAGGGGUUUAAGCCCGGGUUGUGCUGCGGGUCGUCUAAGGAUGAGGAUGACGAUACUAAAUAA